GAUGCUGUCCGUGAAUCAUGCCGCAACAGGAAUUUGUAGAGCCUGUUUGUGAGUCCCUUGAUGGCACUCUUGCCUCACCUCUUAACAUUCUACACUUCGUCAGUCGGACCAGGACCUUCAGAUGCCAGCUAAGAACACUGUUGACGCCCUGCGGAUAGGUUUGAAGGUUCCGUCGACAAUUUCUCUCGGCGCAUCGUAGUCUAUGGUUCAGGCAAUCUCCGGGAGACGGCUUGAUGCCUUUUCUGAUUGAUCAGGAGCCUGGCGCCUGGCCUGAUGACCAGAAUUCACAGCACGAGCAAACAUGACAGGCGAAGCAUCCUCAGGCUCCUGUGCCUGUUCAUCCUCGCCGUAUGCUGCCGUCCAGCCACCGCCAGACCUCCUGCAGACAAUGCACUUAUCAGCAGCAGCAGCAGCGGCAGCGGGAGCAGCAAGAGGGGGGCACUGGCUGCCGCAGAGCACUCCACUUAUGGUAACGCUGCCGAUCGGAGCGGCGGCAGCAGCAGCAGCAAGACCAGCAGCAGGAGGGGCACACUGUCUGCGGCAGAGCACUCCACUUAUGGUGGUGCUGCCGAACACAGCAGCGGAGGCCGCUGGUCAGCAGCGCAGGGUCUGCUGCGGCUGAGGGCAGGUCCGGGAAGAAGGAAGCGCUCCCAGUGGGCAGCACUGGACAGCCUACUAGACCGCUAUGCAGAGAGGCACAAGCGCUGCCUCUUUGACCAGACAUACAAGGGACAGUACGUCAUCGUCAGCAUGGGCGACUCGUUUUCAGGGCUGGGCAACCGGAUGCUGUCAGUGGUGACGGGGAUGCUCAUGGCGCUGAUGACUCAGCGGUGCUUCUUCCUGCGCCACGACACCUACCUCAGGGACUUCAGGAAUUCCAUGGGCCUGGACAUGCGUUGGUGGGAGCACGAGGCGGGGCUGCAGCGCUGGGGGCGGCACAAUCUCACAACCCUGAUCUUGGGGCCGCGUUCGAUUUGGGCCAUGUCCCCUACGGACCCCUUGUACAUUACGGGGGACCUUCAGCAGCUGUGGGGGGGGCACGAUGCGGUCGACAUCCACUACGACAACGAUUACCUCGUGCCGCUGCUGCUCAGCAACCCGAACUACCGCGCGUUCUUUGACCGCUUUUUCCCCAGCCGCGAGAUUUUCCACCCCCUGGGCCGCUUCUUGUUUAAUCUCCACCCUCGGCACGAGGCUGCCGCCCAUGCUUUUCGAGCGUCCAAGUUUGGCGCGUUCACUGUGGGGCUCCAGAUAAGAACGCAGAAGCCACUCGGCGCCGGCCUCGCGGACCCGUCGAUUGGUCAUUUCUGCUCGCUUGCGCGGGCCGUGCAGCUCAAGCACGGGUUGCCGGACGACCGAGUGAAAUAUUUUGUUGCGACGGAUUCGGAAGAUGCGCUUGAGGGGGUGAGGAAAUCGCUGGGAGCGGAUAGGGUGGUUAACACGGAUGGAGGGGGCGUGAGGGGAGGGGAGGGUACGCAGGCCGGCAAUCCCGGCUCGGAGGAGUCAGCAGUGCUGGACAUGCGGUUACUAAGCAUGACUGAUGCUCUGAUUGUCACCUCUGCAUCGUCGUUCGGGUAUGUGGCGGCUGCGUGGGGUGGUAUUGUUCCGAUCCAUGUGCUGCACCGGGGAGACAAGCCAUCAAUGUUGAACCCGUACUUUUACACACCUCUCAACUCGGAGCCCUGCUACUGGGGAGCGCACCGUUAUUUUUUGACCAAGGCGCCAAAGGAGGCCGUGGACCUUUUGAGGGACAACCCCAUGUGGAUGCAAUAUGCCCACUGCCAGGGGCGCGAAUUGGCAGGCGAGGGAGAUAGUGCAGUGGGCGAUGGCGCGUUUGCAGCGCUGGGGAUCGGUGUCAGAAUUGGUGGCAGCCCGGGAAGGCGCGGCAGGACCCCCUGCGGAGGGGGUGAUGCCCCCAGCCCGGCGCGGCGCGGCGGCUGCGCGCCGAAUGGGCCCGGCACCGGCGCCUGA